AGCUUUCAUGAGGCAGAGAAGUGUGUCAAAGUUUGGAUGAUACAGACGCUUUGAAACUCUCUGUGUAUGCUUAAAUGUAUUUUCUUACAAUUUUAAACGGCUCUGUUUAACUGCUUCUUGACUGUAACUUUAGCUUGAUAUUACAGGUUAGCCUGAGCAUAAGCUUCACAGCUUCUAACCUCAUUAGACUUUGUGUAUCAGGAACUUUGGUAAGAACCACUGCUUGGGUUUAAGGAAAGCUUAAUAUCAAGCCAGAUUUUUAAAAUAGGCUCUUCAUUUGUACCGACAGUGAAUGAAGGGACGAGGAGAGAGAUGUAGAUGUAGACAGAUAAAUAGAUAUUUUAUUCAUCCCAGUGGGGAAGUUGAGACGUGAAGGUGGACAACAGUGCUCAGCUGAUUCAAGACUUAAAGAUAAAACAGCUGCUGUGCUCCUUAACCCCAGUCUUGUUAAUACGUGGUUCGAGAGGAUUAGCAUCAUGGUGAUCCUGCUCAACUGUGUGACACUGGGCAUGUACCAGCCCUGUGAGAACAUCGACUGCACCUCGGACCGCUGCCAGAUACUGCAGGCAUUCGAUGCAUUCAUCUACAUCUUCUUUGCAUUGGAAAUGGUGGUAAAGAUGGUGGCUCUUGGGAUCUUUGGCCGUCGCUGUUACCUUGGAGACACCUGGAACAGGCUUGACUUCUUCAUCGUCAUGGCUGGGAUGGUAGAGUACUCACUGGACCUGCAGAACAUCAACCUGUCGGCUAUUCGGACGGUGCGGGUUCUUCGGCCCCUGAAAGCCAUCAACCGCGUGCCAAGUAUGCGCAUCCUGGUAAACCUGCUGCUGGACACUCUACCCAUGCUAGGCAACGUGCUGCUGCUGUGCUUCUUUGUCUUCUUCAUCUUCGGCAUCAUUGGUGUGCAGCUGUGGGCAGGGCUGCUGAGGAAUCGCUGCUACCUCGAAGAGAACUUCACCCUCUCUUCAGGUAUGACCCUGCCUCCUCCGUACUACCAGCCAGAGGAGGAUGAUGAACGUCCCUUCAUCUGCUCCCUGGCAUCUGAUAAUGGCAUAAUGUCAUGUUCCGAUGUGCCGGCGAGGCGCGAAGGAGGACGCACAUGCUGCCUGGACAAGGAGGAUGCACUCCACAGACAGGCUUUAGGCCUGAGUCCUGAACCACUGAACAAUGGUAGUGGUGCUGGUGAAGCAGUGGGUCUGUGCAUCAACUGGAACCAAUAUUACACUCGAUGCCACACAGGAAGUAGUAAUCCCCAUAAAGGCGCCAUCAACUUUGACAAUAUUGUCUAUGCCUGGAUCGUAAUUUUUCAGGUGAUCACUCUGGAGGGCUGGGUGGAGAUCAUGUAUUAUGUAAUGGAUGCCCAUUCGUUCUACAACUUCAUCUACUUCAUUUUACUCAUCAUUAUUGGAUCAUUCUUCAUGAUCAACCUGUGCCUGGUGGUUAUCGCCACCCAGUUCUCAGAGACCAAACAGCGGGAACACCAGCUGAUGCAGGAGCAAAGGGCGCAGUGCUUGUCCUCCUCCACACUGGCCAGCAUGGCUGAGCCGGGAGAUUGUUAUGAGGAGAUCUUCCAGCUGGUGUGCCAUGUCCUUCGCAAGGCUAAGAGGAGAUCGGCAGCUCUCUACUACACGCUGAGGGGCAAACCCCCACCAGCUGGUGGAGGCAGAGGUAACAGGCGUGGUGGAGGGAAUGUGAACGGAGAGCGGCAUCAGUCCAGGCACCCAAGAUCAUUCCACUGUCCACACCAGAGCAAGCAAGACCACAGCUCUCAGCCACUAGCCAAUUCCAUCAGUCUGACUGUCCCUCAGAAUCCUGAGGCCUGCCCUAUAUGUGCACUAUCACUGAAAAGUGAGGGGGCGAGAGCUGUGGGAGACCCUGCCAACGAGGAGGAAGAUGAGGAGGAUGCAGUGAAAGAGACAGGCAAGGAGGAGAAUCACCUAGAGGAGAGGGGAGAUGGAGAUAGGAAGAGGAAGAGAACAUGCUUUGGACAUUGUAAAGACACAUGGAAUGAUAUGAGGAGGAAACUCUGGGGCAUUGUGGAGAGCAAAUAUUUCAGCAGGGGCAUCAUGAUCGCGAUUCUCAUCAACACUAUCAGUAUGGGCAUCGAGCAUCAUAACCAGCCCGAUGAGCUGACCAAUGUCCUGGAAAUCUGCAACAUUGUCUUCACCAGCAUGUUCACCCUGGAGAUGAUCCUAAAGCUCACUGCUUUUGGCUUCUUUGAGUACCUGAGAAACCCUUAUAACAUCUUUGACGGCAUCAUUGUCAUCAUCAGUGUGUGUGAGAUUAUUGGUCAGGCAGACGGCGGUCUGUCAGUGCUGAGGACCUUCAGGCUGCUGAGGGUCAUUAAGCUGGUGAGGUUCAUGCCUGCGCUCAGACGGCAGCUGGUGGUGCUGAUGAAGACUAUGGACAAUGUGGCCACUUUCUGUAUGCUGCUAAUGCUCUUCAUCUUCAUCUUCAGUAUUCUGGGGAUGCAUAUCUUUGGGUGUAAGUUCAGCCUGAAGACAGAGGCAGGAGACACAGUGCCCGACAGGAAGAACUUUGACUCCCUGCUCUGGGCUAUCGUCACUGUCUUUCAGAUUCUGACUCAAGAGGACUGGAACAUGGUGUUGUACAAUGGCAUGGCAUCCACCUCGCCCUGUGCUGCUCUCUACUUCGUAGCUCUUAUGACGUUUGGAAACUAUGUGCUCUUCAAUUUACUGGUUGCUAUCUUGGUUGAGGGUUUCCAAGCUGAGGGUGAUGCAAACCGCUCUUACUCGGACGAUGACAGGUCUUCCUGUAAUUUUGAGGAGAAUGAUAAGCAGAAAGACUCUCUGCAUCUCUCAGACCCCAAGAUCUGUACUCUAACCCCUAAUGGGCACCUGGACCUGUCCCCACUCCCCCCUGGUCUGAUUCCAGGAGAGAGAUUGACUUUUGCGCUAGGCUCCAGGAAGAACAGUGUUAUUUCUCUUGGCAGGGCCAACCUGGAACAGAGAGCUGUGUAUCCAGGCCGAGGUUACCACAACUGGGGUCGCCCACUGCCUCCCCAUGCCCAGGCCUUGUGGGCUCGUCGUUCCAGUUGGAACAGCCCGGGAAGAUGCCGCCCUUGCGCCUCCUCAUCUCCCUCCGCUAGUCCGAUCUUCACCCCCACCUCUGCAAGACCUUUUUAUGGCUACGGCCUGGGGGGUCUUGGCGGAGUGGUUGGAGGAAGCCUUCGUAUCCGGGGUCCCCGUGCCUCUUCAUCCCCACACCGCCAUCUUCACCAUGUCAACCCAGAUGAGGAGGAGUCUCUCCUCUCUCCUCCUGCUGUUGCACCCCAGUCUCUUCACCUUCCUCAUCCUAUGCUCCCAGGCCACUUUGUACCCAGGAGGGACCGCAGAGCUCUAUCACUAGAACUGCCCCACCUGCUGCAGGUUCCAGGAACCACACACCCUUCACUGCCACCAUGCCACCUGUUGCCCCCUAUGACAUUCCAUGCUCAUCAGAGGAAGAGGAGCUUCUCUGGGGGAAUGGUAAUCAGUGGAGGUGGUGGCAGUGGACUCGAUGCUCUGGGUGGCUUAGGAGGAGCGCACCAAGACUGUAACGGGAAGACUCCUCUGUCUCAGCUUCUCCAGCCCACUCCUAGACACUUGACUGAACAGGCGGCUGGUGCAAACCCUCAGAGCCAGCUGAUGGCCGAUGUCUUCCCACAGGUUAACACUCGCAGCAAAGACCGGGAGGACCUGGAUGAUGAUAUUGACUAUAGCUUGUGCUUCCGCAUCCAGAAGAUGUUAGAGGUAUACAGACCAGACUGGUGUGAGACCAGAGAGGACUGGUCGGUCUUCCUGUUCUCCCCGCAGAACAAGUUCAGACAAAUGUGCCAGUCCAUCAUAGCCCAUAAGCUGUUUGACUAUGUGGUGUUGGCCUUCAUCUUCUCCAACUGCAUUACAGUUGCUCUGGAAAGGCCCAAGAUACUGCAGGGCAGCUUGGAAAGAGUCUUCCUCACCAUCUCCAACUACAUCUUUACUGCCAUCUUUGUGGGCGAGAUGACUCUCAAGGUGGUUUCCAUGGGUCUGUAUGUUGGUGAACAGGCAUAUCUGCGGAGCAGUUGGAACAUUUUGGAUGGCUUCCUGGUUUUUGUGUCUUUAAUUGACAUUGUCGUGUCGAUGGCGGGUGGGGCCAAGAUCCUAGGUGUGCUUAGAGUACUCAGGCUGCUCAGAACAUUGCGUCCCCUCAGGGUGAUUAGCAGAGCUCCAGGUCUGAAGCUGGUGGUGGAGACCCUCAUCACAUCUCUCAAACCCAUCGGCAACAUUGUUCUCAUCUGUUGUGCAUUCUUCAUAAUCUUUGGCAUUCUUGGGGUCCAGCUUUUUAAAGGCAAGUUCUUCUACUGCCUUGGCCCUGAUGUCAAAAACAUCACAAAUAAGUCUGACUGUCUGCAAGCCAACUACAAGUGGGUCCACCAUAAGUACAACUUUGACAACCUAGGACAGGCCUUGAUGUCCCUGUUUGUACUCGCCUCCAAAGAUGGAUGGGUCAACAUUAUGUAUCAUGGCCUGGAUGCUGUGGGUGUGGACCAACAGCCGGUGACCAACAACAACCCAUGGAUGCUGCUGUAUUUCAUUUCCUUCCUCCUCAUCGUGAGCUUCUUUGUCCUGAACAUGUUUGUUGGCGUGGUGGUGGAGAAUUUUCACAAGUGUCGCCAGCACCAGGAGGUGGAGGAGGCCAAAAGGCGGGAGGAGAAACGUCAGCGGCGCAUGGAAAAGAAGAGAAGAAAGGCCCAAAAGCUGCCCUACUAUGCCAGCUAUGGCCAAAUACGCCUGAUGAUCCACACACUGUGCACAAACCACUACCUGGACCUCAUCAUCACCUUCAUCAUCUGCAUCAACGUCAUCACCAUGUCCUUAGAGCACUACAAUCAGCCUCAUUCUCUGGAUCUUGCCCUGAAGUACUGCAACUAUUUCUUCACCUCCACUUUUGUGCUGGAGGCAGUACUCAAACUCAUCGCCUUUGGCUUUCGCCGCUUCUUCAAAGACAGGUGGAACCAGUUGGACCUGGCCAUUGUGCUUCUGUCGGUGAUGGGCAUCACUCUGGAGGAGAUUGAGAUCAGUGCAGCCCUGCCCAUCAACCCCACUAUCAUCAGGAUCAUGAGAGUACUGAGAAUAGCUCGAGUGCUGAAGCUACUGAAGAUGGCGACAGGAAUGAGAGCCCUGUUGGAUACAGUGGUCCAAGCCCUGCCUCAGGUGGGUAACCUGGGUCUGCUCUUCAUGCUGCUGUUUUUCAUCUACGCCGCCUUAGGAGUAGAGCUUUUUGGAGAACUUGUUUGCAAUGCAGACUACCCAUGUGAGGGUAUGAGUCGUCACGCUACCUUUGAGAACUUUGGCAUGGCCUUCCUUACUUUGUUUCAAGUCUCCACGGGCGACAACUGGAAUGGCAUCAUGAAGGACACAUUGCGGGAGUGCCCACCAGACCACAACACUGAUGUGGACUAUGCCUGCAAUCCUAGCCUUCAGUUUAUCUCGCCCAUGUACUUUGUCUCCUUUGUGCUCACCGCCCAGUUCGUGCUCAUCAAUGUGGUGGUGGCCGUGCUGAUGAAGCACCUGGACGACUCCAACAAGGAGGCCCAAGAGGAGGCGGAGAUGGAUGCAGAAAUUGAGCUGGAGUUGGCCCAGGGCACCCUCUGUUGCAUGGGCGCCCCCAGCUGUGGGGGUGCAAGGAUGGACAAGGGAACUAUUGCUGCUGGAUCAGGGCCUGGAGCCACAGCAGGUGGAAAGGAGAGAGGAGGUGCCAGAGGAGAGAAGGGAGAAGGAGUUAGGAAGAUGCGACUUGCAGCUGCCACUGCACACCCUGGGGCAUCUGACUCCUGUGACUCCAGCAGGACGCUGUACUCACCAGCACAAGAGAGCCAGUGGCUGGACAGCGUGUCUCUCCUGAUCAAGGAUACAUUGGAGGGGGAGAUGCUGAUGAUCGACAACCUCUCCGGUUCUGUCUUCCACCACUACUCCUCUCCUCCGCCCAUCUGCAAAGACUGCAAGGGCCACCUGCAAGAGCAGAUCAGGAUGGCAGAGAUUGAGCAAGCAUCGCUGAAGUCAGAGCAACUGUCGGACAAGUCCUCAUCACCUGCCCUGCCAGAUGACCUCAGCCUGGACGAGCAUACUGCAUACCAGCUGCUGGCACGAGAGCGCAAGGGAAGGUGCAGCAGUGACUCCCACAGCUCUGAAGAGACUGGAGUUGGAGGGAGUCGUGCGGGAGGCCACAAGACUCUGACUGUGGUGCAGAGCCAGGUUCAGGGGUUGGGCCAACCUUGCAGAGUCCUCAGCACUGGCAUUGAGAUAGAGUCUGCACUACAGGAGAUGGAGAUACAAACACACCAGCCACAUAUGUGCUCACCACACUGUAGCCCUGGUGGUGUUCCCAGCAGCAGCAACAAUGGAAGAAACAAAGGAGUAGAGGGAGGAGCCACUGGCAUUUCUCCUCUCUUCCAAACACCUGCAGGAGCAACCAUUACAGCGCCUCCCCGUAGUAGGAGCCUACGAUUGUCAAGGGACCUUAGAUUGACCUCUCCAACUUCCUGGGCUUCUCUACGCUCACCAGGAGCCCAUAGCAAGAUGCUCUGUACACAGUACCCAUCGCACAGCGACUCAUCCCUCGCUACAGGUAGCUCUGAGGGCAGUCUCCAGACCACCCUGGAAGAAGGACUGAGCUUCAGCAUCUCUCCACCACAGAACUUGGAGUUGCCAACAGCCCCCUUACCACUCGCGUGCCCUCUUCAGCUGCCUGAAGACAGCACGGCCAUUUCCUCCCCAGUCCGGACCCUGAGACCAAGACCGAGCCCUUCAUCAGCCCUCACUCUCCAGGCCACCAGGGGCCACCAGCGGAGCCAGAGCAGUGGCCGAGGUAGCACCAGCCCAGGUUACACCCGUGAUGACUCAAUUGACCCUUCAGAUGAGGACCUGGGCAUAGGCAUUGGAUCAUCAAUUGGUGGUUGUGGCUCCAGCCAAGCAGGCAACAGUGAACACUUGUCAGAGACACUGAGCAGCUUGUCGCUGACAUCACUGCUGUUGCCCAGCUCGCUGGUAUACCCAGGAGGAGCAGUGAAGAAGUGCAACAGCACGGGCAGCCUUGAACAAGGGGGGAUGCUGCUGUCAUCUCGGGGCAGGGAGGGCCGCAGGGAGAUUCUGGGUCUGGAACUUAGAGACCCCCAAGGCUUCUUGGCCAACCCCUGGACAGGGGUACUAGUUGAUACAAGAAGAGGUGAAGGAACAAGGGAAAUAGGAGAUGGCGAGCAAGGGUGGGGCAAGAGCUCAAGCCAGACAACAGUAGGGCCUUGUCGGAAAAACAGAUGAAACCUGUUCGCUCUUUCUGUAUCUCUCCAUUCCUUGGAUCUAAACCCAUUGUUGUCCCGCUCAGUCUCUCUACUCACAUCAGUGAGAGAGAGGCUUGAUGACACAUGAUGCCCUGUAUUCCAAAACCAAGCCCUCAUCUUGCCCCACCAACCCCUUUCUAUACGUUUGCGACAAGCCCAUGUCCUAUUUUGUACUGUCUGGGGGAGUGGUCUUAGUCGUGGAAGUGGCCUGCAGAGCUAAGGAUCAAGGGCUGUACAAGUAGGGCCUCUUGGGGGCUGUACAAGUAGAGGAGGCCAAUCUAUGAUUCUGCUCGUAUUAGAAGACCAGGAGAUCCAUCCAUAUCAGGGAGUUAAUUGGAGCAGAGACAAAGGAGCUUAAACUCAAAUAAAGAGUCUUGCUGUUGCUCAUCUGUAGUUUCCUUUUCUCCCUGUCAGUUCAUUGCGGUUGAAAAUGCAAAAAUCGAUGUACCCAAACUGAAUUAGCUAUACAUGCAAACAGAGACAGUUUUGAGUCCUCUAUGUCUCAGUGGCAGUAAGUAAGAGGAAGGAUACUCAGACACGGUGGAAUGUAUUAAGGUGGAAGGAAGGCUGGAUAGAUGAGAAGGCAGGCCUUUUUUUGUUUAUUUGUUGUUUUUUGGCUGGGCAAGCAGAAAAGAGGAUCUUAUGUCCAUCUGUUCUGGCAGACGGAAACUACAGGUCCUACUCACGCUGGCACAGGACCUUCUGCUGGGUUCAGAGUAAAAGGCAAGCUGGAGAAGAGUUUGAAAGGGUGCUCACUGUAUGUGAGGGCACUGCCUCCAGCAUCCAAGGCAUGAAUUAAAUUAUUCUCAUCACUUCACCAUACCUCUGUAUUUUUGAAACAGAUGAUAGGUAUCGACUGUUCAAAGCUUUGUGCCUCUGUCACCUUAUUCUUGAGUGGCAGCGGAAAAUGAAAAGAAAUUGACAGAUUGCAGAGGCAUAACCGUGCAUGGAAUGAUUCGCCGAAUUGGUUAUUUUUCUUUCUAUCUCCAGCAUCUCGCACUCACUCCAAAGUGAAGAAAUGAGUAUGAAAGAGAAUAGGUUGGAGGGUGCUUUACAAAGCCCAUCAGAAGAAACAAUAAUGCCUGCUUGGGUCAGCCUUGUGUGCACCAAAAAUCGGUUCACAGCUACUUAAUAAAGUGAGACUUCAAGCACACACUUUUGACAUCACCUCCUCUCACCAUGCUGAAGGAUUUGAGAUGAAUGGAAAAACUCACCAGAGUUGCGAGGGACCUUGACUGCAUGAUGGAAUUGCAUCUAAUCAAGAUUUUUAUGUGUAUACAGAAGUGUAUCAAGAUGUCAAUGUCGAGUGAUAACGAUGUGAUUUCUAUUCCACUAUUUUUGUAGAAAAGAGAAUAGGCACGUGUAAGUGUUGCCGUUACUUUGUCCCCAUCUAAUUUAAUCCAUAUGAUUUCAUUGACGUGUCUAGGACCUUUUUUGUCGGCCAGUGGCUUCCAGUUUUAUAACAUUUUUUAAGGUGUGGACAGUGUAUAAAACAACAAAGCAAAAAAUUUCAAAACUUUGUUCGCUGAAGUGAUUGUUCCCUCCAGCACAUUUCUCUUUGGGAGCACUGGUUCCUCAUGGAUUAUUUUUUUUUUCUUUUGUUUUUUUUUUUCUCCCUCAACUGUUGGAGUCCCAGGGGACGACCACACAUGGGAACAGCCAUAUUCACUCAGCACAUGAGGAUCGUUCUAGCUCACAGACAUUCCGGUCUGCACACGGGGAACUUUGUUUGCUUUUUCGCCUCCUAUGCUAAAACCCAUGAAUAGCGCAAACCAUCUCUGUGAAAGCUUUAAUUUGAAAGUUACGCCACAACAUAUCGAUUAUGAUUGCAUUCCUUAAGCAUGGUUCUGGGAUUGCAAUACAGUAUGCUUAUUCUUGAAAUGGCACCCUGAUGCACUCAUCUUCUCUUCAUCAUCUCUUCACACAUACAGUAUGUUGUAGCAACCCUUUCACUCACCAUAGUUUGAUAUAAAAAAGCUGACACUGUAACAAUGAACAUAACUUUGCAUCUUUCAAUGCAAGCUUAUUUUAGCUUCUCCACUUGAUUAAUUACUCCAUCCAAAAAGGAGACGCUUGCUCAUCUUUAAGCCUGAUUUCUAGAGGUAGACUGUUGUAUCCCCUAGUGUUUUGAUCAUUACCUUGCUUUUUUUAGUUUUUCAAAAAGAAUGAGGUGAUGUGAGAAAAUCUGAGGGUUUGACCUUUUUUAAUCAUGCAAAAUCAUUUGAUGACUAUGUUUAAUCACAUGUUGUUGGGUCUUAAUGUAUGAUAGUAAAGACAGUUGUGUGUUUGUGUGUGUGUGCAUGAGAGAGAGAGUGUGUGUUUGUGACUUCAGGUGAAGUGAUUGCCUUUUCCUGAAGUGUCCUGUCUGUGUGUGAGGAUACCUGAGAUUAAAGGUUGAGGAGGGAAAACAUGAAGCAACCAAGGGCUGUUUUAGCUUCAAAGAUAUAUCCUGCUAUCUUUCUGAGACAAAUCCUUGUGUCAGUGAACAUGGCAUCAAAGGUUAAAGCCUGACUACGCAGCAAUAAAUGUUCUAUGUGUAUGCCCUGAGUAAAUGAUGUCAAUGUGAUUUUUAUCUCCUCGAAUACAACAGUAUUCAUUACUGUCUGUUUUUGCUUCUACUUACAACUGAACUUACAACCGAUCAGUUAGCACCUCUGCCCUCUCGGAGACCAAUCAGUAGAGAGACGGGCUGCAAUUGGACGACAUGAACAAAUGAGGCUAUUGAACUCAGGUCAGGGGGUAAAAACCACUAGUACAAAUUUAAAGAUAGCUGUAAAGGUGUGCUCAGACUGAACUCAGAGUGUAUUUUCACCUUGCUUCAUUCGCACAAAAUGGACUGCUGGAGUUUUUAUACAUUACAAACACUACAAAUGCUCCCACAGUCCCAAUGUUACCUGUAGCUACCUAAAAAUGCAUCAGCUGUGUGUGUUAGCACAGUGUGCCUUUGUACAGUAUGUGUGUGCUACAGCUCUGACUCAGACUGGUUUCAAAACUUAUCUCAGUUUCUUUGUUGUUUUCCUCCAGGCUCUUUUUUUAUUCUUUCUUCCUGUAUCUGUAUGUUCUUGAGGUGGAGGACAAUACCUCGGGAGAAGCACUUUUUUUUUUUUUUUGUUCAGCAUUUUCAACUUGUGCGGACACGUUUUUGCUUAAAUUCAUGCUGCCUUGAGCAAACCUGUGCCAGCCUCUACAUUGAAUUUGUAUGCAAUCACACCGCCUAUAAUAUUUGCUUGGCAUUCAGUCUGAACACACCUUAAGAGUGUACAAUUCAUAUUUGUACAUAUCUUUGUAUUUUGAUCUGCAUGUGUGCAUUACUGCCAAUGACCAUUAUUAUAUCAUUUAGUAUGCAUUUCAUAAAAUUGUACCAAGGGAAUGCCCCACUGUUUUUUGACUGCUGCUAUGACUACUAAAGAAUAAUCAGUGCGAGCCUCAAAAAAAACUUUUCUUUCAGCACAUCAUUCAUAUGAUGAUAUGAUACAAAACAUUUUUGGCUAAGUAAACACUCCUGCUCGAUCUUCAUCUUUAUGUCUGCUUGCCUUUGGAUGACUAUCUAAUGUGAGAGGAUAGGAAAAGAGGUCAGGACAGUUUAAAGCAGAGAAGACAAAGACACUGACAGGACAGGGACACAAAAGCAGGAAGUGUCGUGGACAGCUGGACAGAGUAAAGCUUAAGAAACAGUGCAAGAGACUGAGGUAGUGAGAUGCUCCUAGAACAGUAGACUUCUCCAGACAGCUUGUCAUCGACAGCCUUGCCCAGUGGAGCCACCAGUGCGAGAGAGCACAUUAGGCAUGCACGCUGAACUCCGAGGUGUUGUUUACCUCACACCCCCAACCAGCCAGCCAUCCACCUCAUCUAACCUCUCAAAACCAGCUCUCCCUGCAGGCCCCUGCCCUUCAAAUGUCAGUGCAGGAGGGUGGAGGUGUGUGUGUGUGUGCGUGUGUUUGGUGAGCAGUAAGUGUGCAUCUGUCUCUGCCUGUGUGCACCUGUGUGUGAUGGUGAUGUUAGCACAAAUGUGUGUGUGCGUGGUUACGUCAUUGCUUCGGUUAUCUGCAAAGUCUUUAAAAGAUGUGUCCUGUCAUCUAAGAUUUUGGAGCAUUGACUCUGAAGAGAACAAGUGACCUCUCGUAACAUAAAUUCCAAAGGUCAGUAUCCAAUAAGCCUGUUGGGGCUUGUGUGCUGAUUUGAUUGAUUUCUUUAUGUGUCAACACACAAAGUACCCUGAGACAUCAAGGCCCCCUGGGCACAAGAUAAUCUUUUCACCUUACCUGGUAACACACUGGUUUUGUUUCAGCUUUAACCAUUUUAGUGCUUCUUCUAUAGUGUGUGACAAAGGCUGAUGUUGUACAGCUGCAAGGGGAGAUUUCAGGCUGUUAAAUCUCACAUUUUAUACAUGUGAAAUUGGAAACAAAUGCUCCAAAAUUGAAUUAAAUUAAAAGUAGGUUAAGGCAGGUUCCUUUUCAAAGAAGGGAAAAAAAAGUCUUCAUUUCUAGGACAAAAGGUUGUUAGAAUAUCAAGAGAAUUACUGUGCUGUCAAAGUUUUGUCAAACAUAAGUGUGAUAAACAAGGUGCAAACACAUUGUGUCUCAUUAAUGUGUUGUGCACAAGAGGGAGGAGCUGGAAACUUCUGACAACAUCCAACUUGUUUUCAUAGAUGUGUUCCUGUUUUUGCUUUUUUUCCU